CUCCACCAAACCAAACUCGCCAAUUUCAGCUCAGUCAUUCAUUCAUUCAUUCUCAUCCAGUCAGUCCAUCUUUUUUCUCUCUGAAUCUCGUCCUCAAUUGGCCGUGGAUGCGGUUCUCGAUGAUUGCUCCCGUCGGGUUUGCUGCCCUGCCAUUGCUAUUGCUAUUGCUGGCGGCUACUUCAACAACUGCUGCUACUUCAGCUGCAGGCGUCGACCCGGCUUCCAUCAAGACCGUCCACGUCGUCUACUCCAACCACCUCGACGUUGGCUUUGCAGACAACGAGGUCGGCGAGCUGGGUUUUGCCGCGAACGUGGUCAACACGUACUUUACCGACUGGUUCCCAAAGGCCAUCAACACGUCCGACGCCAUGCGCGCGCUGCACGGGGGCAAAGACAGGUACAUCUGGCUGACCCAGGCGUGGCUCGUGUCGCUCUAUCUGGACUGCCCGACCGGCAUGAAGCUCAGCUGUCCCUCUGCGCAAGACAAGGCCAAAUUUGAACUCGCCGUUCGCAGGGGCGACAUUACAUGGCACGCCUAUCCGUUCAACGCUGAGGCCGAAUUCAUGGACGAGCUCUUGUUCGAGUUUGGAGUCGAGCUGGCCCACUCGCUCGACGAUCGAUUCGGGUUGCCGCGCAAGACGGUCAUGUCGCAGCGAGAUGUGCCUGGAACAACCCGUUCCAUCAUCCCGAUUCUCGUCCGAAACAACGUGACUGCGCUGUCGAUUGGCGCCAACGGCGCAUCCGCUCCGCUGGGUGUUCCUCCGGCGUUUGUGUGGGAGGAUGUCGUGUCGGGCGACAGCAUCAUUGGGCUGUACCACCCGGGAGGCUACGGAGGUAUCGAGCUUGAAGACUGCGUGCUCGUGGAAGGGCUUGAUGUUGCUCUUGCCAUGGAUUGGCGUGGCGACAAUGCUGGCCCGGCGGAGGUCGACGAGGUGCUCGCGGAUUUGGCGCACCUGCAGGGCAUCUUCCCCAAUGCCAACGUGAUUGCGUCCACAUUCGACGCUUACAUCAAGGAACUCUCAGCCGUGAGGGACAGUCUACCCGUCGUCCAGGGCGAAUCUGGCGACUCUUGGGUGCAUGGAUGCGGAUCCGAUCCGAAGAAAGUGGCUCAAUUCCGGGCGCUCACCCGCGAGCGCAGUGCCUGCAUCACUGACAUUCACUGCGACUCGGACCUGCCGUCCUUUUUCAACUUUAGCCGCCUUCUGCUCAAGGGCGCCGAACACACCUGGGGCGGGGAUGUCAAGACAUUCUACCAAGCCGAAACGAACAUGGCAUCUGUCUACUACAACUGGUCCAAUGCUGCCUUCCAAGCUGUACGAAGCGCCGAGCCAAUCCUAGCCCUCGAGCUGUCCUGGAAGGAGCAGCGUGACUGGGCCAUUGACUAUGCCGUCGAAGCGCUGGGGUCGCAUCCGCUUGCCUCGCGUGUGCGCCUUGCCCUCGCCGAACUGGAGGUGCACGGGCCGCCAUCGCUUGCAGGAUACAAGAAGCUCACGCCCGGGGCCGGGUCCAUUGCCUGCGGAGGCUUUGACGUGACCAUCAGCCCUCAGACGGGAGAAAUUGUCGGACUGACCGAGCGCCGCACGCUCGCCAACUGGGCGUCCUCGCAGCACCCGCUCGGCUCCUUCUUGUACCAGACGUUUACGGAAGACGACUUUAACGACUUUUUCAGCGAGUACCUCUUCAUUGAUCCGUCCCAAAACUCGUGGGCUGCCUACGACUUUGGCAAGCUGAACGUCAGCCAGGCCAAUCCCCAACGCAGCGAUACUCUGGCAUCGCUGGUGGCCUUGUAUCAGCGGGAUGACUCCAACAGCAGCACCGCAGGAGCGUCCCAUUUGCUGUUGGAGCUGUCGCUGCCGUCCACUCUCGUGACCCUCUACGGCGCCCCGCUGCACGUCUACGUCCAGUAUGAUUUCUCUCCUGCCAGCGCACCUGCUGGCUCUGUUGUUGCGACAGUGACGUGGCUGAACAAGACAGCCACACGCAUGCCCGAAGCCAUCUGGUUUUCGUUCAACCCGUCCGCUCCGCCAGCCCAACCGAACGCAGCGUGGUACUUUAACAAGGUCGGCGAGUGGCUGUCCAUGGAUACCAUGAUUGUGAACGGCAGCGCGCACAUUUCCAAUGUCUGGGACGGCGUCAUGCUGGCCUCUUCCAGCCAUAGUCUGCACAUCCGGUCGCUCGAUACGGGCCUGGUUUCGUACGGCUCUGCAUGGCCCUUCCCAACGCCGCUGACGCGUCCGACUUCGACGUCCAGCGUCUCGUUCAAUCUGUUCAACAACAUCUGGGGCACGAACUACGUCAUGUACUAUGACGAAGACGCUCAGUUCCGCUUCUCGCUGUCCUUUCUUUAGUCCUUGAACAUGCGUCUGAGAAAUUCAAGUACAGUCAAUCAGUUUUGAUGUUGUAUUACCAUAACAGAGCAGAGAAAAAAACAUAAAGAUCAUAACGGUCGACUGACAAUA